AUGAAUGAACGCCACACUGCCAUUAAUUUGCGAAAUGUUUUAAUAGAUUCAGUAACUGAUUGGAAUAUCAGUCAGAAAAUUUGCGCAGUUGCGUCCGAUAAUGCAGCUAAUGUCAUUGCUGCCAUUAGACUUACCGGGUGGCAGAGCAUACCCUGCCUUGCCCACACGCUCCACCUAAUUAUCUGCGAUUCCUUCAAGGAGAGUAACGUUGACGUUUUGCGAGAUAAAUGUCGUUCAAUUGUAGAAUAUUUUCAUAGAAGUAUAGUGGCUGCAAAUAAAUUAAAGGAAGUACAGACCACAAUGAAUAAACCCCAAUUAAAACUAAAAAUGGAAGUACAAACCAGAUGGAAUUCUACAUUCCAUAUGAUUCAAAGGUUGAUUGAAGUUCAGGAGCCUCUUGAGGCAACUAUCGGUGUGCUGCAUAACCCCAUAAGUAUUUUAGCCGCAAAUGAGUGGGAGGUUUUGAAUGAGAUUUCUCAACUAUUAAAGCCUUUUGAAGAUUUGACAAUGGAAAUGAGCGCUGAACAGUACGAUACUGUGUCAAAAAUACAGGCCGUAUAUUUGCUGAAAAAUUAA